GGUCAUCAAGUUCAGGAAACAAACACACAAGUGGGAUAGUGGGAUACCCAAGACGAAUCGCCUCUUUUUAAACCUCUAAUUCCAUUCGACCGAUAGGUUUCCUGUUUCAACUUAUAGCAAUUGAUCAAGAUUUUUACAUCUUCGUCGUUUUUACGGGGUCCUUGCUCCUGAAGCCAUUUUCCAUCCAUCAACUUCUCAUUAAACAUGGCCACAAGGCUACGGUUUGAAAAUUCAUGUGAAAUUGGGGUGUUCACAAAGCUGACCAAUGGUUACUGCCUGGUAGCUGAUGAAGGCUCUGAAAGUUUCUACAGCAUUUUUGAGUCCGAGUUGGCCGAUGUUAUUCCUGUUGUUAAAACCUCUAUUGGUGGUACGAGGAUUAUUGGAAGGCUUUGCAUUGGAAAUAAGAAAGGUCUUCUCUUGCCUCAUACUACUACCGACCAAGAGCUUCAACACUUGAAGAACAGCCUGCCUGAUGAAGUUGUUGUCCAACGGAUUGAUGAGAAGUUAUCUGCUCUUGGUAAUUGCAUGGCAUGCAAUGAUCAUGUUGCUCUUACUCAUACCGAUCUUGACAAGGAAACCGAAGAUAUGAUAGCGGAUGUUCUUGGUGUAGAAGUUUUUAGGCAGACAAUUGCAGGCAAUGUUCUUGUGGGCAGCUACUGUGCAUUUUCAAAUAGAGGUGGGUUGGUCCACCCCCACACAUCUAUUGAAGACUUGGAUGAACUCUCAACCCUCCUCCAGGUCCCAUUGGUGGCAGGCACCGUCAACCGUGGUAGCGAAGUCAUAGCCGGUGGCUUAAUCGUAAACGACUGGACCGCAUUUUGUGGGUCAGACACUACAGCGACAGAACUAUCGGUGAUCGAGAAUGUUUUCAAGUUAAGGGAAACCCAACCUACUGAUAUUGCCAAUGAGAUGAGGAAGUCGUUAAUUGACACCCAUGCUUGAAUCCGACGCUUGCCUGUAUGAUGUUAGACACGUCUUUUUUAUAUAUUCCGCUUUUAUGUUGCUAUAUGUUUAAGGUUCUGUUUUUUUGGUACUAAUGAGACGGUAAGUGUUGAAUGUAAAUCACCGUAGGGGUGUUAAAAGAGACCGUCGAAUUGAAAUUGAAUAGCAAACCGAGGCAGAAGAGAGGUUAAUUGUGUAUUGUAGUUUGGUAUCGGUUUUGAUAAGUUUAGCGUUCUACAGUAUGUUCAAUUCCAGUAUGAUGUUUAAAAACAUAUAUCUAAA